UAGGCCUUCAGAUCGCUUUGGUCUUUCCUUCCACUUGUCCACUCGGCGCAGCAGUCUUGACUGUCGAGGAAAAAUAGUUAGAAGUAGUUACUUGGUUUUAGGAGUACACACUUUAUACCAAAAAAUAAAAUAGAAAUAAAAACUCAACCCACAACAAAAAACCCUAGCUUUGCGCCUUCUUACGUAGCAGCUACGUGUUUGUUACGGCUAGUUUAUUUCGAUAGCGCUACAAAACACUCUGCUACGUAGCAUAAGUAGGUUGUAAUACUUUUUAAAAUGAAACUUUUAAUGUAUUUUAAUGAGAAGCAGUCGGUAGGCAUUGUUGAUCCAGGAAAUUUUCUUUGUUCGCAUCUUCCUUUUGAUCUCAGUCAAUUAACAAAAGAAGAUUGGUUGUCACUCAGAGGAAAAAAAUUAGAGGGACUCUGUUUAUGUAAUAAUGAGACUUACGAAAACACUGUAUUGUUGCAAGUUGUUAAUGAUGAACAAGUUGAAAGCAGAGUCAAUUUUAUUUGUCGUGUUAUUUCAGAGAAAAACUUAAGUAUUGAUACUUUGGUUAAACUUCUUCCACUUGAUGCUUUUAAUUCUAAGCAAGUUGUACAUAAUCCUUUAAAGGCCAGCGAUGUUUCUGGAAAUGAAAAUAAAUACAAGCACAAGAUUCCUGUUACUCAAGAUGUGAUUACGUCUACACCUAAAAGAAAGUUUGAUCAAAGUGCUACUGCAAUAAAAAUUUCUAAUAGUUUAAAUGCUUCAAGUUCUACAAAUUUAGAAUCAAUUUCUAGUGUACCUCAAACCACACCUUUGCCUACUACUUUAGCUGGGCCAUCAUGUCAGUGUAACAUGAUAUCAGACUGGCUUAAAAAAAUAAACCACCGUUUGAGUUGUAUAGAAGAACAGUUAAACAACGUAAAGCCAAAUACUGGCGAAGCCAUUACUGAUAUUCGCUCUCAAGACUGGACUCUUCCAUUGCCUGUUGCAACAACAGGAGACUUGGAGACGUUAGAAAAGAUUCUUUCUGAAGAUAAUGCGUGUUACGAAUUUAUGGUUCAAACUCUUAGUCGCUGUGGUGGAACUGGUUAUCGAAAUGGUAUCAAAAAUAUAAUGGUGUCUUUAUUGACAGACGAUCUGGCAUCAAAUUAUAAUAUGGAUGGCCGGAGAUAUAAGAAUUUUACGAAGAAUCCCUUCAUGAAACAUAAGACAGUGAUUAAAGCUAUAUGUGAGUCAAUGAGAAAUGGGUUUAAAGAAAGUGAAAGUGAAAUUAAAGUUCAAAUAGGAAACUGGUUGAAACAAGCUCCCAGGAGGUUACAACGUCAUAAUCCUAGUAUAAAAAGUUCGAAUUCGCCGAGUUCAAGUCACGAUUUGUCAUAAUUUGUGUCAUAAUUUUUGAUAUUUUUUACACAUAACAUGUGUC